UAACAUCUUUAAAAAGAAAGAAAGAAUGAAAGUAACCUUUUCUACUGUAAACCUUUCUAGUGUCUACAUCUUAAAUAAUACAGAUGAGCGUUUCCACCAAGUGUCCGAUGAUUACCGUAAAACCCCAUAUAUACGCUCACUCCAGGUUCUACCUUAGACAAAUGAUUUGUGAAAGGACCAUACUGAAACUGUACUGCGUCCCCCUCCCCCACAGCGGGAUUACACAUUAUUCCUCUUUGGGGUUGUUAGAUCUGCUGACCUAAAAGCACUUCAUUAAACUUCUUCUCUCAGAGAGGUUCCAGCACACAGGACUGAUAGAGCUCCAGUACAUCAUAUCUGUAAAGUCAUGUGACUCAUCACAGCAUCAGAAUAGACAAGAAUUCACUGUGAGCUUCACAUCUCAUUACAGCUAAUGGACCAAUCAAAUCAGUCCACAGCUUCAAAACAUCCAAUCAGGCGUGAGUCUGGACCUGCUUUUCUACUGAACUCACAAGUUCAUUACCUCACUAUCACUUUGUCUAAACAGGAACGAUGAUCACACUCUUUGUCGCGCUUUACUCUCUUUUUUCUCUCUGCACAGCUGUAAACACUUCUGACAUCAAGGAGCUUCAUGUGAAAACAGUAAAGCGUGGAGAAAAUGUAACUAUGGAGUGUAGCAUGAGCAAGGGCAAAGACAAAGAUAAGUUAGCUUGGUACAGACAGAGUUUUGGAAAAGUUCCUCAGUAUUUUGUAAGAUAUUACAGCUCCAAUAGUGGCUACAAAUUUGCAGAGGGAUUUAAAGAUAGCCACUUCAGUAUGACUGUAAAUGACCAGAAGUUUGAUCUCAACAUUAUCGGAACGAGAGAAGAUGAUGGAGGAGAAUAUUUCUGUGGAGAAGUGGAGGGAAUUAUAAUAAAGUUCACAUCUGGAACACGUCUGCAGUUUGAAGGUGAAGAGAUGAAACACUGUCCUACACCUGGAACGGUUAACAACAACACAGAUUCUGUUACACGGUCCAAUGAGGGUUCAAAGAGCAGUGAUGGAGAAGGAGCCGACAUUUGGAUUAUUGUCUUAUUGUCUCUGUUGUUUGUAUCUCUUAUUGUAAUCGUGUUUCUGCUUGGAGUUUUAUAUAAAAAUCAGAGAAAAGGUGCUUCAUCAAGAAACCAUCAAACUCCCACCAAUCAGGCUGAUGAUGAAGAUGUCUUGAACUAUGCAGCUGUGAGUUUUGCUAAGAAACCUUCAUCCUCCAGAACAUCCAGAGACAAGAGCCAUGAAGACGUUUAUGCACAAGUUAAAAUAAAAUAGAUAAAGACAAUGACUUCAGACUUGAAACACAACCAAAAUGUAAGUGUUAUUGCCGUUUCCAUGGUGACUCCUAACAUCAUUCCUCUACUGAUUUGCUUCACUUCAUGGAUGAAGCUUUAAAAAAUAUUUCUGAUCAAAAUCCUACAUCCUGCUGUUUUUUUCUUUCUUGAAUGAAAGUCUUAUAUUUGGGAUUUUUUCUCAGCAUUUUCUCUUGCACAUGAUUUCUAGAAUGUAAAAGAACAUUUUGUUUGAUUCUGAAGGUUAAAGGAUUAAAGAACGGCUCAUGGUUCACAUCUUGCUUUAACUUGUGUUUUUAAUUUAUUUUGCUUUGAAACAUAGGAGUUUUAUAAAGAGGAUAAAUCUGGUGAAUAUCGUAAUUAAUGUAGAUUAUCUGAACAUUUAGUAGUCAGUACAUCUGUAAAUGUAAAACUUUUAUACAUUUGAACAAUUUUCCAGAAAUACUGAGGACCUUUAAGAGGGCUGAGUAUAAAGACGAGUGUUUACUGCAUUACUGAUGAGAUUCCACUGUUUAACCUGAAAUUAAUCUCCAGGCAAUAAAUAUUCAAUUUCAUUAGAAAUGUAUAUUGAUGACUGAUGAAGUGUCGAGGUUUUAUUUAUCUUAAUGUUUUUACACAAUUUACAUUGUGCCUCCUUAAU